AUGCUUAGAGCACUUAGAAAACAAAUAAAACCCAUUGGAAUUCAAUCCAAUAGAUUCUUUUCCCAAUCAAUCAUUAAAUCACAAACAAUUGGUUCAGGGAUCAAGGGCCAAGAAUUCAAUUCUGCCAAAUACAUGGCCCAAAACUAUCACGUCAUUGAUCAUGAAUAUGACUGUGUGGUUGUAGGUGCCGGUGGUGCCGGUUUGCGUGCUGCCUUUGGUUUAGCUUCUGAAGGUUAUAAAACCGCUUGUAUUACCAAAUUAUUCCCAACAAGAUCCCAUACUGUUGCUGCUCAAGGUGGUAUUAAUGCUGCCUUGGGUAAUAUGCAUGCUGAUGAUUGGCAUUGGCAUUUCUAUGAUACUGUCAAGGGUUCAGAUUGGUUAGGUGAUCAAGAUGCCAUUCAUUAUAUGACCAAGGAAGCACCACAAUCAAUUUAUGAAUUGGAAAAUUAUGGUGUUCCAUUUUCAAGAAAUGAAGAAGGAAGAAUUUAUCAACGUGCUUUUGGUGGUCAAUCUAAAGAAUAUGGAAAAGGUGGUCAAGCUUAUCGUACAUGUGCUGUUGCUGAUCGUACUGGUCAUGCCUUGUUACAUUCUUUAUAUGGUCAAUCUUUGAGAUACGAUUGUCAUUUCUUUAUUGAAUUCUUUGCUAUGGAUUUAUUAAUGCAAGAUGGUGUUUGUGUUGGUACUAUUGCUUAUAAUCAAGAAGAUGGUACUUUACAUAGAUUCUUUGCCAAUAGAACUGUCAUUGCUACUGGUGGGUAUGGUCGUGCUUAUUUCUCAUGUACUUCUGCUCAUACAUGUACUGGUGAUGGGUAUGCCAUGGUUUCUCGUGCUGGAUUACCUUUGGAAGAUUUGGAAUUUGUUCAAUUCCAUCCUUCUGGUAUUUAUGGUUCUGGUUGUCUUAUUACUGAAGGUGCUAGAGGUGAAGGUGGGUUCUUGCUUAAUUCUGAAGGUGAAAGAUUUAUGGAAAGAUAUGCCCCAUCAGCUAAGGAUUUAGCUUCUAGAGAUGUUGUUUCUAGAGCAAUUACUAUGGAAAUCAAUGAAGGUAGAGGGGUUGGACCAGAAAAGGAUCAUAUGUAUUUACAAUUGAGUCAUAUUCCUGCAGCAGUAUUAAAGGAAAGAUUACCAGGUAUUUCUGAAACUGCCCAUAUUUUCGCUGGUGUUGAUGUGACAAAGGAACCAAUUCCAAUUUUACCUACUGUUCAUUAUAAUAUGGGUGGUAUUCCAACCAAUUGGAAGGGUGAAGUAUUGAAGAAGGAUGCCAAUGGAAAAGAUGAAGUUGUUCCAGGUUUAUUAGCUUGUGGUGAAGCUGCAUGUGCUUCUGUUCAUGGUGCUAAUCGUCUUGGUGCCAAUUCCUUAUUAGAUUUAGUUGUUUUCGGUCGUGCAGUUUCUCAUACCGUUAGAGAUUCAUUGGAAAAGAAUACUCCAAUUCCAACUCAUGCUAAAGAUAUUGGUUAUGAUUCAAUUGAAAACUUGGAUAAAGUACGUAAUGCAAAUGGAUCUAUCCCAACCGCCGACAUUCGUCUUGCUAUGCAAAAGACUAUGCAAAAGGGUUGUGCCGUUUUCCGUACUCAAGAUACAUUAGAUAAAUGUGUUGAAGAAAUUGCCGAAAUUGAUAAAUCUUUCAACAAUGUCAAAACAACUGAUCGCUCGAUGAUUUGGAAUUCAGAUAUGGUUGAAACUCUUGAAUUACAAAAUUUGUUAACUUGUGCAACUCAAACUGCCACUUCAGCAGCCGCAAGAAAAGAAUCUAGAGGUGCUCAUGCAAGAGAUGAUUAUCCAAAUAGAGAUGAUGAAAAUUGGAGAAAACAUACUUUAUCUUAUCAAACCAAUGUUGGUGAUAAAGUUAGAUUGGAUUAUCGUGAUGUUGUUAAAACUACAUUGGAUGAAAGUGAUUGUAAACCAGUUCCACCUGCUGUUCGUGUUUACUAA